AAAGCCUGCAGACUGCUGUUCUAUGACUGUAAAAUACUGGAGGAGGCGUGUCAUCUGUUGAGCUAUAAAAAGCAACAUGUUGCAGAGCAGUUUUAACAUUCAUCUCUCACCUGUGCAGUGACAAGAGUGAAAAAAUGGCUUUAAUUCCAGCAGGUCCUGAUUUGAGGAUUGUGAUGAUUGGAAAAACUGGUGUGGGCAAGAGUGCUGUUGGGAACACCAUCCUGGGAUGUGAGCAUUUCAGAUCUUGUCCUUUAUCUGCAUCAGUGACUGAGUUCUGUCAAAAAGCUUGGACACAGUGGGGGAAGAGAUUAGUUAGUGUUGUAGACACACCAGGGAUCCUGGACACUUCAAAAUCAGAUGAGUUCAUCAAAAGAGAAAUUGUGAAAUGUGUUGAAAUCUCCUCUCCCGGUCCUCAUGUGUUCCUGUUGGUCAUCCAAAUCGGCCGAUUCACGAGAGAAGAGAAAAACUCAGUGGAAGCCCUGCAGGAGCUGUUUGGCCCCGAGGCAAACAAGUACAUGAUUGUGCUCUUCACCCGUGGUGGUGAUCUUGGAGGCAUAUCCAUAGAGCAGUAUGUACGUGACGCUGAGCCAGGGCUUAAACGCAUCAUCCAAAGCUGUGGAAACAGGUACCACGUCUUUGACAACACCAGCAGCGACAGAAAGCAGGUGGUGGAGCUGGUCAAGAAGAUUGACAAAAUGAUGGAAGUAAAUAGAAACACGCACUACACAGACGCCAUGUUUAAAGAGGUAGAGGAAGCACGCAAAAAGGGAGUAACAGUGCAGCAGUAUAGGUUCACUGAGUCUUUGUGUAAACGUAUCAAACUUUUUCGCAUCAUUCUUGGGAAAGAUUAAACUGCUGUGGUUAAUUGUAAUUAUUCUAUUCUAAACAAGACAACUCUUUUUUUUUACCUACAUGAAAUAUACAGUUUGUUCAUGAUGGCACACAGAGUGUAGAUAGCUGUGUAAGAUCAAUAUACGUUGAUUUCCCAUAAAGAAAUAACACAAUAAAAUAUUGUUCAUUAUGUGAGUUUAUCUUUUGAUGUUAAACAAGAAAGUAUUUAUAAGUGAAAUAAUGAUCAUGUAAGCUGUCUAUUAAAGCAUUUAUUUUUUCUGUUGCAUCUAUUCUGAUUUGUAUAUGUGCAUGAAAUUAUGGUGGUUAUGUCUGAGCUGAAUUGUACACUGUUUUAAUCUAUUGAACAAUUUAGGGGACAAUAGUUAAAUUUAGUCAAGUAAAUAUUUUAUAUAAAUGAGAAUUGUGGAUUGUUUUGUCUUUUAAAGAAUGAGGACUUCAGUUUAUAAGGAGUUUUUAUGUUGGGUCUGUUCUGCUCUGGCUGUUUGUAUUAAAACACAUUAUGAAAAUUUCCCUUUAGGCUCAUUAUUGUUUGACAAUUAUUCGUGUAAAGCUUCUAGCCUAAUAAAAACUAAUAAUCACACCACGUUCAUCAGUUAUUUGUCAUUCUAAGAUGACAACAUCAGAACCAAAUGUUCCACCACUUCAUUUAUUACUAUUUUUUGCCUGUGUGAAUGAGAGAAUGGUAACUGGUAAAUGGCCUGUAUUUAUAUAGCGCUUUACUAGUCCCUAAGGACCCCAAAGCGCUUUACAUAUCCAGUCAUCCACCCAUUCAUGCACACAUUCACACACUGAGAAAAUUAGAUGACAUGUAUCAACAGGUUUCUAGGUGUACAUCAAUGUACAUAAAGAUUAUUGGUUCUCACUUAUUAUGAUUUAACUGGUUUGAUAUUAAUCAUACUGACUUACAAUUAUAUAUAUUACC